UCUGUAGAAAAUAAAAGAAACCAAGCCCAGAACGAACACAGCAAACCCGAAAAUUUUCAACGGAGCAACUCUUCCCUCAGGUCUGAAGUAUGGAACUAUAACUUAAAUCUGUAUAGAAACCGAUUGAGAACCUUUGAGUAGUUUUUGGUGGGGUAAAAGAUGAUGAGGCUGCAAACCUACGCCGGGGUAAGUCUGAUUGGAACCCUAGCGAUUAUUUACCAUGCAUUUAGCACCAGAGGGCAGUUUUACCCUGCCAUGGUUUACUUAUCAACCUCCAAGAUCAGUCUGGUGCUUCUUCUCAACAUGGGCCUCGUCAUCAUGUGUAUUCUCUGGCAACUCACCAAGAAGCUCUUCCUCGGCUCACUCAGGGAGCCCGAGGUCGAGAGGCUCAACGAGCAGUCGUGGAGGGAAGUCAUGGAGAUCCUCUUUGCCAUUACUAUUUUCAGGCAGGACUUUUCCGUGUCGUUUCUCGCCUUUGUUACUGCUCUGCUGCUGAUCAAGUCCUUGCAUUGGUUGGCUCAGAAGAGGGUUGAGUACAUUGAGACUACUCCAUCUGUGCCCACGCUAUCGCAUGUUCGGAUUGUGUCCUUUUUGGGCUUCUUGUUUGUUGUGGAUACUCUCUUUUUGUACAGCUCUGUCAGCACCAUCAUCGCCACUCAGAAGCCUUCGGUUUCCCUCUUUUUUGCAUUCGAGUACAUGAUUCUAGCAACAACAAUGCUGUCAACAUUUGUGAAAUAUGUUUUCUAUGUCAGUGACAUGAUUAUGGACGGACAAUGGGAGAGGAAGCAUGUCUACACUUUUUAUUUGGAACUUGUUCGUGACUUACUCCACUUGUCUAUGUAUUUGUGCUUCUUCAUCGUGAUUUUCAUGUACUAUGGCUUGCCAGUGCACUUGAUUCGUGAGCUCUAUGAGACGUUCAGGAACUUUAAGAUUCGUGUUGCUGAUUACCUCCGUUAUCGAAAGAUCACUUCAAACAUGAAUGACCGUUUCCCAGAUGCUACACCUGAAGAACUUACUGCAGGUGAUGCAACUUGCAUCAUUUGCCGUGAAGAGAUGACAACAGCCAAGAAACUGUUAUGUGGACACCUUUUCCAUGUGGCUUGCUUGCGAUCAUGGUUAGAGCGACAGCAUACCUGUCCCACAUGCAGAGCCCUUGUUGUACCUCCUGAUGGUCGGACAGGUACCCCUCGAGGACAGGGUGGAUCACACUCCGAUGCUCAUCGACAGGGGACAGGCAUAUCAGGGACAACUGCUCAAGGUUCAACUAGUGGUGGAGUUGCUGGUGCUAACAUGAGCCAUCAUGAAGCAAGACUGCGUGCCGCAGCUGCAGCUGCAUCAGUAUAUGAGAAAUCUUAUGUAUAUCCGUCUCCAAACAGGCUAGUAUGGUCUGCUGGAUAUGCGGCACUUCCUCCGGCUAAUCAUAUGGCAGACUCCCCAAGUACUGAAUUACGAUCACAACCACAGUUUGCAACCCCUGGUGGACCUGCAAACUUGUCGUUGCCUCAAUCUCCGCAGUACAUGUUUUCUCCUUUCCUAGGAGCCAAUGGGGGGAGAUUGGGCAGUAAUUCUGAUAUAAUAGCUUCUCAGCUGGAGGCCCAGAGAAAAGUUCUUCAGCACCAGAUUGAGAUCCUGCAGAAUCAGCUCCAAAUUUUACAAAAGCCAAAACCCAAGGAAAGUGUCGAAAGGGGACCAACCGUAGAAGAUAGCAAAGGAAAGAACGUUGAACCUUUGUCUGAUUCAGAUUCUUUUCCUGGUGAUGAUGUUCUUUACUAGACUACUCAAGCUAUUGGUUUCAAGGCAUAAUAUGUGGAUACAAGGACGGCGGAACAAACUAGGUAGGAUGACGAUCACAAUGUUGUAUAAGGUGCUUUUAUGAAAGAGGAAAAAAGGGGAACAUGGAUAUAUAACAUAUGAAUGCUUCUCGCAAAUGAUCUAAAUUCUAUGCAUUGAUUAAGCAUGUGCUGUUGAUGUAAUGUUUUUGUGUCUUCAACAUAACUGUACACCUGAAUUAGACCUUUUUUUUUUCACUUUGUUUCUGCAU